AUGAUAUCAGUAUGGAUCAAGAGCUCAAAGUCAUUCAAUCCCUCAGAACAACUUUGUAAACCAGUGACCAAUGUAAAUACAUCGUCACAAUCAGUCAAAGAAGAUACAACCAACAGUGAAGCUCAAACAUACACAGAUCAACCUACCAAAGCACCUCCAAUCAUACCUCUUAUCUUCAAAAAAUAA